AUGUGCAGCUCGGUAAAUGUUCUUUCUCCUGCAACUGGCUGCCUGCAAAUAAUUGCCGAGUCGAACAAAGGUGGUGACCAGAAUACACAGAAGGAUGGCAGCUCAUUUGGAAAAUAUGAAACUGUUCCUUCUGUUGCAUCAAAUGGAUCAUUUGUUUCUAGUCCUCCUGCAUUUUCCUAUACUCCGUCUACCAGCAUUGCGAACUUCAUGCCCAGUUUCACUCCUGCCUCCACACCAUCAACUUCCGAUGUAUCAGAACCAACAGUUUUCCAAUCCAAAGCAGAGAACAAUUCUGUUUUUGGCGGCUUAAGUAAUAUAAGCUCUAGCAUUUCAUCAUUUGCGACAAGCUCUGGAAGUAUUACUUUUGGACUUGGUUCUUCACUUACGUCUUCAAUGGCAAAUGGUCAGUCUCAUUGCCUUCUUGGCGCAGCCAGUGGAUUUUUAACGUCUUCCGUUGGAAUAGUCUCACAGAGCACACCCAUUCAGUCUGGUACAUGUGCAUCAUCAUCGUCCUUUAAUAUCUCUAGUAGUACUUCAUUUGGUUCAUCCUCUUUCAGUUCCCAAGCAUUAAGUCCAAAUAGUACUUCGGGUUUUAGUUCAAGUUCGGUUCCCUCGUCAGCCACCAAUAGAAUUGGCUUUGGAAAUGGGCCAACAUCUAGUCUGUUCAAAUUUGUUGGAAGUUCUUCAGGUGUCAAUGUAGUUAGUUCUAACAGUAGUGCAACUGGCUUAUCCAGUUUUGGCCCCAGUUCCUCCCCUUCUGGGACCAAUACCGUUGGUUCUAGCAGUGGUGCCUCUUCUGGCGUAUUCAGUUUUAGUUCUAGUUCUUCAGCUUAUACUCCAGGGACCAAUGCUGCUUCCAACACCACCAGUACUUAUGGUAUAUUUAAAUUUGGUGGAAAUUCUUCAUCUUCCUCUAUGUUUACUACUGCGACUUCAUUGACUGGAUUCUCCUUUGGUGCAUCCUCCUCUUCCUUUCCUACUAACACUGCUCCAAUGGUAAUGAAUUCGUCCUCUGGUGCCUCUUCAAGCCUCGAAGUUUUCUCAUUUUCUGCAGCCACCGCUGCAGCUUCCUCGCCUGUAUUUGAUAAUCCCUCUUCUCCCUUUGCAAACAAUAAUCAAAUAAACACUGAAGACAGUAUGGUCGAGGAUUCAGUGCAGUCAUACACACCUUCUCUUCCUGUAUUUGGUCAACCAUCCAGCUCACCUUCUCCCCCGACCAUCAUGUUUGGGUUGGCAAAUACAUCACAAGCCAAGCCCUUUCAGUUUGGUGGCCAACGAAACCAAGUUGCUCAGCAAAAUCCAUCUCCUUUCCAGGCAUCAACUAGUCUAGAAUAUAAUGCCGGUGGGGGAUUCUUAUUGGGCAGUGGUGGUGGUGGUGACAAGUCGGGUUGUGAGAUUGUUAAAUUUAAUCGCAAUAAGCACAGGAAGAAGUGA